AUGCUCUCGCUGCCCUUUGCCGGGCACCGCUGGCAAUGUGCCCAGGGCCCCAAGGAGCAGAGGGGGGACUUCUUCCCCCGCUGGGCGUCGCAGCUCUUUGGGCCUUUCCGCCCAGGCGACGUGGUGGCAGUAGAUCAGCACACCAACCAGCGGCACCUGCACGCGGAGGUGGUCCGAGAACUGGUGGAAGGUCUGGAGCACGAUGAGCUCUUCAGCGGGUUGCUGAGGAGAUGCGAGCUGCUGCUGCGGCUGGGCGACGGCUCGCUGCGGCAGAUCCCCCGGCGGCGCUGCGUGCGGGUCUUCGCGCGCGACGAAAACGAGCGGCGCGUGUUGCUGGUGCACGAGACCUUCGCCUACCGGCGGCUGGCCAAGACCCAGGUGGGCCAGGCGGAUGCGGUGCUCGAGAUCGGCUCUUCCUUCGGAGAUUGCACUCACAUCCUGGCCUCCCACGCGCGCGAGGUGCUGGGCAUCGACAACAGCCCAGAAUUGGUGGAGGAGAGCCGGCGCCGGUACCCCACGCUGCACUUCGAGCUGCUGGACGCGCUGAGUGAGCCCGAGCAGCUGGCGGAGCUCUGCAGAUCGCUGUGCGCCGGAAGUGGCGGCGGCUUCAAGGUCUUUGUGGACAUCGGUGGGGACCGCCUGGGGGGCGCCGUGUGCCGGGCGCUGGUGCAGCUGUGGCACAUCUGCGAGGAGAUCGGCGUUUUGCCCAGCCUGGUGGUGGUGAAGUGCAAGAGCCUCGCGGCGAACGCCGCGAACGCCUGUGAUGCCCGGGGUGACAUCUGCGAGCUGCCGGCCUGGUGGCAGGCCUGCUCUGCGGUGACCAGCGUGCGCCAGAGGAAGAAGCUGGCAGGUGGCCUAUGGACAGGGAAGAGUUCCGGCGUUCCCGCUCUGACAGGCAGCCUCGAGACCCUCCAGCCGUAG